AUGUUCUUAGAUCAAACUGGACAGGUUAACCCUAGUUCAACUAAUCAUAGACAAAUUAGGCCUAAUCCGCCAAUUGAAGCAUUGCAAAGUUUGGGCUCUUCUUCUGAUGGCAGUGGUGAAAGGUAUCCAGAAAGGGUUUCUAGGCCCACUGUUCAAGUGCAUCCAAAUGUCAUUCCUAAUGAUGGUCUCAAUGUUAUUGUUUCUCCUCAUGAAUCCUCUGUUGCAACGGAGAUUCAAGAUGGUACCAAUGUUGAACAAAAUGGACAACUUCAACUAGCUGAAGGAAAUGCUCAACAACUACCCUCUAUUAUGUCACUGUCUCUUUUCAAUCCUGAAAUGAGAGACAUAUUGGGGACUAGGGAGGAAUAUGUUGACUCAGAAGAACUUGGAGUGUUGGACUGUAUGCAUAGAUAUCAUAUUGAUUGCAUCAAAACAUGGCUUGUGCUUAAUAAUUCAUGCCCGAUAUGCAAAAGAAAUGGCAUUACUUUGAAUGAUGAAGAAAACAAGGAUGACUAA